AUGGCGGAACCGCUGAGAGAGAUAGAUCUGAACUUAAAGGUGCCCAGUUUGGAAUUAAUUCCUAAGAUUAAGAUUCAGAAAGGGUUGAUUAAAAAGACUAAGGAUGGUAAUAAAUUUAAACAACAGAAAAAGGAGUAUGAGAAUAUUAAAAUUAUUUCAAUGUCUAAAGACUCCGAUGGUCAAGUUGAAGAAGAUAAUAGUGAAAUAACUAUUACUACUGUUGAAAAAGCUUUAGCCUGUUUAGAAUCAGUUCAAGUUCAAACAAGAGUUAAAGUAAAAAUGCUUCAAACAGCUGAAAGCCAGAUCAUUAUGUACCAAAAAACUUUGGGUUCCUUCCUAAAUGAAGACAAGCUGAAGAUCAGAUCUGAAAUUGAGAAGAUAUAAAGUCAGAAAGUGCUUGAAUUGAACUUCAAAUCAG